CUGUUUCUAUGAGUAAGCACAGUGGGUUUCCACCCUGGUCUAGCAGAUAUUGCUGCCAUGGCCACUCUAAGUGUGAAGCCUGGGCAGAGAUUCGCAGUGUCCGACUGGCACAUCAACAGCGACCUCAUCUCGACAAACGCCGAGAGGCAGCGUUCUGCUUCCCACCAGAUCCGUCAGGAGGCCAGGUUUCUCCGCAACGAAACCAACAACCAGACAAAAUGGGAUGAACAUGACAACCGGACGCGGCUGGCUGAGCGCAUCGACAGCGUGAACCGAUGGAAGGAGACGCUGGACAAAUGCCUCGCUGACAUAGACACAGAAAUCGAUGCCUUAGCCAAAAUGAAGGAGGCAGCAGAGCGUGCCCUGCAGGCUAAGAACUUGCCCCUGGAUGUUGCAAUCGAGUGCUUGACACUACGUGAAAGCCGCCGGGCCAUUGAUGUGGUGAGGGAUCCUGUGGAGGAUGAGUUGCACAAGGAGGUGGAGGUGAUUGAUGGAGCCAAGAGAGAUCUGCAGCAGAAAGUGAUCCAGGCCUUUGAGCAGCUCUGCCUUCUGCAGGAGGCACGCCAGCAGCUAAAUUUUGAUCACCGCGGGAAAAUGGAAGCACUGGAGAUAGACCAUGUCUGCUUGUCACUCAAUGUCAAUUCUCCCAACAUUUCAUUCAAGGUCAAUCCAACCCGGGUCCCUAUUGGAUCAACGACACCUCAAGAGUGGGACCAGUACAGUCAGUACAACAAGGACCGAGCUGAAGCAGAAAUGAAAGCUUCCAGGGAACUGCGGGAAGCGAUAGCACUCACCAUUGCCCAGACAAACAAUGAACUGGAGGCACAGCGAGUAGCCACAGAAUUUGCUUUGCGCAAGAGAAUCCGGGAGCUGGAGAAAGCCUACGAUGAGCUCAAGUGGCAGGAGAAGAAUACCCUGGAGGAGAUUGCAGAGAUGGAACAGGACAUUCGACGCCUGGAGGAGGAUCUCAGGAAGAAGAUGUGGGAUCUCAAGCUGGCGCACACUCGCCUGGAGACCAGGACUUACCGCCCCAAUGUGGAGCUGUGCCGGGAUCAGGUCCAGUAUGGAUUAACUGAUGAAGUGCAUCAGCUGGAAAACACCAUCGAGGCCCUGAAGCAAAAGCUUGCACAGUCACAGGGUGCCUUAGAUGCUCUGUAUAAACACUUGCAUCACAUCCAGACAGACAUCAGCUACAAAGCCAACUCCCUGAUGCUGGACAACAAGUGUAUGGACAAUAGGAGAAAGCUCACUGUUCCAGCUGAGAAAUUUGUGCCAGAGGUUGACACCUUCAAUCGAACCACUAACCGAACCCUCUGCCCUCUGAAAAGCAGGCAGCUGGAGCUGGCUUAACUUCCUGGAAACAGUCUUGUGCAAUGAGCCACAUGAAAGAUAAAGCUGCUAGUGACUCUGCUCCAUACCAAGGAAAGCUGACAUCUGCGUUGUGUUAGAAAAAUGUUAUUCUCCUCCCCUCAAUUUGUUAUAUAACUGUCUGUCCCCUUGUAUGAUGUCUGUGGCCUCCUUCACUCUGAGGAGCACCGUAAACAAUAAAGGGU